UCUGGAUCUGGUAAGAACGGACAAAGUUGUUGGGGUAGGAUUAGCCGUAGGUCGCAUUCGUAAAAUGUCCAGGACCAAAGGGGUAGACGGUCGAUGAUCCUAAUCAUUAGUACGUGUACAGCAACCACCGGUGGUGUUUCGUGAUGGUUGCUCGAGGCUGACAUAUGCACAUGGGAGUAUAAGUCUUCACAGGGAAGCCCUCGUUCCUUACACUCCACACUCGUUCACGCCCAGGCGUUCUGUCUCUCGCUUUUGUGUAUUACUCUUCUUCCGGCCUUAUUAUUACCAUCUCUAAUACCGUCACCAUGAUUGUCUUGAAGGCUCUUGCCGUCCUCUCUUUACUCACCAACUUCACUGCCGCAAACAUCAUCGAUGGCGCGGAACACACUCCUUACCGCGGACUGAAUGUCAAGCGUGCUGUGAGUGCUACCAACACCACCACGCUUGAGGAUUACGAAUAUGUCAUUGUCGGCUCUGGUGCUGGCGGUGCACCUCUCGCAGCCAGACUGGCUCUCAAUGGUCACAAGGUCCUCCUUCUUGAAGCUGGUGACGACCAGACCAACACUACUCAAUACAACGUGCCUGUCUUGCACUCUGUUGCCGCCGAAUACGAGCCGAUGCGAUGGGACUACUUCGUCAAGCACUUCGACGACGAAGCGGAGAUGAAGAAGGAUACCAAGCUUACAUAUGAGCUUGCUGAUGGCACUCGCUACACAGGCCCUAACCCUCCUGCCGGUGCCAAACCCCUGGGUAUUCUGUACCCGCGUGUUGGCUCUCUUGGAGGCUGCACUGUUCACAACGCCCUCAUCACUGUAUACCCAUACGACAGUGACUGGAGUGGCAUCCAGGCUAUCACCGGCGAUGAUUCCUGGGCACCAAGCAAGAUGCGCAAGUACUACCAACGUCUGGAGAAGGCGCGCUACCUACCCAACAGCGUUGUUGGACACGGAUUCUCAGGUUGGCUCGAGACCUCUCUGACUGACCUGACCUUGAUUGUUCAGGACCUCAAGGUCAUUUCCCUCGUUCUGGCUGCUGCCACGGGUAUGGGAAAGAGCCUCCUCUCAGGACUCCUUACCACCGUUACUGGUCUCGGCCAGGUUCUCCUUCGCGACAUCAACAACCCUGGCCCUAACCGUGAUUCUGCCGAGGGCAUGUGGCAGGUUCCUCUCGCCAUGAAGAUUCCAGAGUACAAGCGUGCAGGCCCUGUCGACUUCCUUCACCAGGUCAUGGAUGCCAAGAACAGUGAUGGAAGCCGAAAGUACCAUCUCGACAUCCAACUCAACACCCUCGUCACCAACGUCGACUUUGACCAGUCUGGUGCGAAGCCCAAGGCUACUGGCGUCAGCUUCUUGACAGGAAAGUCUCUCUAUGGCGCUGACCCAAGGCGCCAGUCUGGAUCUGCUUCUGGCAAGGGAACAAAGGGUUCCGUCAAGGCCACUCGCGAGGUCAUUCUGUCCGCUGGUGCUUUCAACACCCCGCAGAUCAUGAAGCUCUCCGGUGUCGGUCCUAAGGCUGAGCUCGAGAAGUUCGGCAUCAAUGUUGUCAAGGAUCUCCCAGGUGUCGGCACAAACCUCCAGGAUCGUUACGAAAUUCCCGUCAUCGGCCAGGCACCCAGCAAGAUCUCUCUUCUGAACGGCUGCACCUUCCUCGAAGGCGACUACGACCCUUGCCUCGAGAAGUGGGAGACUGGUAAGCUCGGUAUCGGAAAGGGAGUUUACGCUACCAACGGUAUUGCUCUUGCCAUCACAAAGAAGGCCAGCAACUCUAUCCACGGCAACGCUGAUCUUUUCGUCGCUGGUUGGCCCGCGUACUUCAACGGUUACUACCCCAACUUCUUCGCCAACGCUACCGCCGGCCGUGACGCCUGGACUUGGCUCACUCUCAAGGCCGAAUCGCGCAACAACGCUGGCACUGUCACCCUCCGCAGCGCUGAUCCCCAAGAUGUUCCCGAGAUUCGCAAGCGCAACUUCGAUGUUGGCGGUGACGAGGAUCUUGAUGCCCUUGUUGAGGGAAUGAAGUACGGCCGCAAGAUCUUCCAAGACCUCAUUCCUCUCGAUGGAAAGUUCACUGAGGUUUGGCCCGGAAAGCAAGUUCAGACCGACGCACAGUGGAAGGAGUUCGCCAAGUACGAGUCCUGGGGCCACCAUGCUUCUUGCACCUGCCCCAUUGGCUCUGACGACGACCCGAAUGCUGUUCUCGACACCAACUUCAAGGUCCGUGGUGUCGAUGGUCUUCGUAUCGUUGAUGCUUCCUCUUUCCCCAAGAUCCCUGGUACUUACCUCGCCCUUCCCCUCUACAUGCUGGCGGAAAAGGCGUCAGACGCCAUCCUUGCUGAUGCCAAGGCCUCCAAGUAGAUAGCGAGUGAUAGGAGAGCGUAGCGCGCUUCCUCCAUCAAUCUGGUGUACAUAAUACUUAAUCAAUAUUGACUCUGGUC